AUGAACUAAUUGUUAUCUGAUAAAUAGAUGAUACAUGGAUUUAUGAAAGAGGAAAUUCAAAAUGGAAUAGCAGAAGGAAAUUAUGAAUAUGGAGUGAAAGUUGGUAAAUGGGUCUUAACAUAUUCUGACAGAAUGUAUAUUAAAGUUUUAUAAAUAUAUAAAGUGAGGAAGGUGAAUUUAAAGGAAAAUACAGAGUUGGAUAAUGGAUUAUUAAAAAUUUUUCAGAUGAUCUUUACCAUAUGUAAUAUAAUAAAAAUGAAAUUUAGAGGAUAAUAUGAUGAUAAAAAUUUAAAAACAGGAGAUUGGAUGAUUUGUCAAAAUUAAUAUUCAGAAAGUUACAUAAGAAGCACUUAUCAUAGAGGAAAGAAGAUUAGUGAAAAAAAGGUGGAGUAAAUGUAAAUUUCUACAAUCUAAUUAAAAUUAGAAUGA